ACGUCACUUUGGCUUUUUUGUUUUUGCAAACAGCUAGGGCUACGAAGACGCAAAGGGCUUUAAAAAAAGAGCUACGUUAGCUGCAAGCUGCGUUAGCAUUGCAAAGAUGGAAAAUAUCAUCACGGCCAUUCAGAUUCUUUUUCCAAUUUCUUGCGACAUUUCAGAAGAUGCCAUGAGGAAGAGUACAAUAAAGUAAAAACAGUAGGAAAACAAAUUCCAUCCAAUAUGAAGAAUUUCCUUGCAACAAAAGUGCCAAAAGAUACUCAAAUGAAAAUUGACAUUCUUUUAGCCGAAAUGAUUGUUAUGGACAAUUUGCCUUUAACAGUUUUACCACGGGAUGGAUUUUGGAGGAUUUUCUCAUUUAUCGCACCAACGUACAACAUUCCGAGUUACGAAAAGAUAAGAGAUACCAUCAUACCUUCAAUCUACGCAAGAACUGCUGUAGUAGUGAAAACUGUACUCAAAUCUUGUGAUGUUGUGACCAUUAUGCUGGACCUUUGGUCAUCUAACAGCAUGGUUGGGUUCAUGGGGGUCUCAUGCUCGUCUGUUACUGCUGACUACGUCCCGUUUACAUGUUUUUUAAACAUGAAGGAGAUGCCCUCAAAUCACACAGCCGAAGCGAUUCUAUCAGAGUCAGAAUGCGUCGUUUCCGACUGGGAACUCAAUGGAAAGGUUGUUGUCUUUAUAAAGUGGGUCCUAUUUCGUCCGGUCCUAUUUGCCGGGCCUAUUUCGUCGGGGCCUAUUUCGACCGGUCCUAUAUCUCCGCCAAUCGGGGUUCGAAGAAGCGUCGUCGAUACAAAAGUUCUGCUAGAUUCCGUUGGAUUCAAAAUACCAAUGAUGAAUCUCACUAGAUGGAAUUCGCAGUUUUUAAUGGUGAAACACUUCCUUAACGGCAUCGAUAUUGACACGGCACUUCAAUCGAAAUUAAAUGCAUGCAAAGCGCAUGGGUCCCUUUCAUCCUUACAACUGAAGUGUUUAAAGGAAUUUGUUACCUUACUGGAACCUUUCAAAAUUGCGACUGACGUUUUCCAGAAGGAUACGGAAACAAUAGGGUUGGUUAUUCCAUUUUACCUGGACUUGGUUAACCAAUGUUCAUUGGAUCCAAGAGUCAAUCAAGAAGCAAAAUUCAUUACUUCGUGCAAAUGCAUGGCGGAAGAAUUAAGCAGGAUCCGUGCUGGACCCAAGAAUUAA